GGCAGAGUAAAAACAGAAUCAGAACCACUCAAACGACUCGAAGCUCACUUCUAAGACUCUAUCAGUGUUGAUGUGUCAAGAAUCGCUAUGGUUGGAUCUUGAUAUUCUAUUGUCAGCACUCGCUGCAAGACUAGCUCUGCCGUCAACAGAGCUUCUCGAGAUCGUAUUUGUUGACUUUGAGCUGUACGCUGUGAUUCUAUCGACUCCAGAGGUACAUAUAUUCGAAGAUCCCACACCUUCGAUCAGAAAAGAUGACCUCCCUAAACUUUCCGACGAAGAGUUGUACGACGUUUACGAGAUUUCGCGGACGGUGAAUGAGAUUCGAGAAGGAGGGUGGAAGAAAAUAGCUUUACAAUUUUCGGAUGGAAUGUUAUCAGAUGCACCUAGGGUUUUCCAGGAACUGGAGAGUAGACUUCGAAAAUUACCUGCGGAACCAAGUUCGAGCGGAAUCCCAAAGGAUGAAGGCUCGAGCCUAGAAACCGACUUCAGCAGUCCACCCGCGAACGUCGCGACAUCGAAUGUACGACAUAAAUUAUACAUAUUGGCAGAUACAUCUUAUGGAUCUUGUUGUGUGGAUGAAAUCGCCGCUGAGCAUGUCGAUGCGCAGGUCGUCAUUCAUUAUGGCCGCGCUUGUCUAUCUCCUACCGCACGAUUGCCUGUGAUUUACGUCUUCACAUCUCGCCCACUAAACCUCGAAUCCGUCAUUCAAGCUUUCGAAAACACAUACAAGGAGAAAUCCGAAAAGAUUGUCAUUAUGGCUGAUAUCACAUAUCAUUCGCAUAUUUCAUCUUUAGUCGCCCAAUUACGAGAUAGAGGCUUUGAAAAUAUACUUGCGCCAGAAAUCACACACAAUCCCAGUGCCACAAUACCGAAUCGAAAGCUAGAUGAAGGAGUGGAUAUGAAGGAUUAUAGUUUAUUUCACAUUAGCGAGCCACCAUCUGCGUUACUACUUACGUUGUCGAGUAGAGUUAAAGAGAUGCAUAUAUAUUCUACGGAUUCUACGACCGGAAACGAAACCACGAAAACGAACACAGCAAGAGCACUCAUGCGGAGAUAUGCCUUAUUGACAUCGCAGUCUUCUUCUUCAGUAUUUGGCAUUCUGAUAAACACCUUGAGCGUAACGAAUUAUCUACCUACGGUCAAUUCCUUGGCAUCACUCAUACGAUCAAAGGGAAAGAAAUCCUACACGUUUGUGGUGGGUAAGGUCAAUGCUGCGAAGUUGGCGAAUUUCAGUGAGAUUGAUGGAUGGGUAGUGGUAGGAUGCUGGGAGAGUAGUUUGGUAGAAGGGGAAGCAUUAUUCAAACCAGUUAUUACACCCUUCGAAUUAGCAUUGGCCCUGCAGAGUGAUGAUGAGCGAGUUUGGGGUGGGGAUUGGGUUGCAGACUUCAAUGCUUUGAAUCUGCAAGCUAAUGCUGUUCCUACUUCGUCUGCGGACCCUACUGAAACAAAAACUCAGGAUUCUGAAGCAGUAAAUCCAACCGAGGACGCAGAAGACUCCGAGGAAGAAUCUAUGCCUCCCGAAUUCGAUUUUCGAACUGGCCGAUAUGUCUCACAUUCUCGACCUAUGCGCUCCUCUCAGACGACUUCUUCAGAGCCCAAGAAAGCGUUGGAAAAUGGCUUACAACCCAACGCAUCAAACAAACUAGUCAAGAGAGCAAAGAUGGAAAUGGCGACCGUCAAUGGAGAGGUUAGCCCUGGUGCAGAAUAUCUAAGAGAGAAGCGGACCUGGACAGGCCUGGGUAGUGACUACGAUAAAGAGGCUAUUGAUGAAGGCAGAGAAAGAGAAGUUGCUGCGGUUGUUGAAGAAGGGAGAAGUGGUGUAGCAAGAGGAUAUACGGUUGGCGAAGACGCCUCGCGGAGUUGAACAAUUGCUUCCCAGAUGCAAGUUUGAAACGGCCAAGAUCGAACAGAAAUUGGCAGAAGGCUGAUCUAAAAUGUUGAUACCCUUUUUUCUUAAUCCAAACAUGACUCGUGCGAAAUACUGGAGCUGCCGUCACAAAUCUGACUAAAUCUGGACCUAACAAUCGAUCUAGCGGUACGAGCCUGGCCUGCAGCAUGCACUAAACCCUCAAAUUGCACUUUUCGGGCAAUUGAAACAUCAGGCGAAGAAAUUGAGCGAAAAAUGGAGUCAACAACAAGUUAUGGAAGCUCUUGACGAUUCACCGCCGAUGAAGCAAUAAGUUUCAUCAACUCGGCGAACAGGUACAACGAAUAGGUACAUAUGAUAUUCCCCACCACUGUGCCUGUCGGUACAUCGGUACCUGGAAAAGUCGAGAAUAGUCGAAUCAUAUUGUUGAGUUGGCAAAAAACAUAAUGAAACUUUAGACUCAACAUCCAAUUGAUCCUAGAUCAAAAUGUAAUACUGGAUUAUCCCAACUACCCAGCUUCCCAAGAUCUCCUUCCAACAUGAUAAUCUCGGUGCCUUUUUUUUCUUCUUUUUUUUUUCCCUUCUCUUCUCACUGACAUCUGGAUUUUGUUUCGAGUUCAUCGGAUAUUAAAAACCGAUGUUGUCACCCUGCAUUUACCAUUUACCUAGUAGUCAAGGAUCUUUGGGCGCCAAUAACCUGCCACUUCUUUUAUUUUGAUACACUAAACCCAACCCCGCCAUUUUUAUGAGAGCAACGAAAUUGAAUUUUGGGAGAGGGAAGGGGGGUAAAAACUGUCAGUUGGUAGUAAAUUUGUGAUGUAAAACGGGAUGCAGCUUGUAAAUGUAGGUAUAGUCCGUAGAUAGUCUAAUUAUGUAUACAAAGGACUCUUUUGCCUAGUAUCCAGUAUCUAGGAUUGUAUUCCCAUUAUAAUCCAUCACAACCCA